AAGUCCGGUCAAGUUUUUACAUGAACGGGCUGACGCUUAGGGGCCAGAAGUGUUCGGUUAUCCGGGACUCACUGCUGCAGGAUGAGGAAUUUAGCAUGGAUCUUCGUACCAAGAGCACCGGUGGAGCCCCCACCUUCAAUGUCACUGUCACCAAGACUGACAAGACGCUAGUCCUGCUGAUGGGCAAAGAAGGUGUCCACGGUGGUUUGAUCAACAAGAAAUGUUAUGAAAUGGCCUCCCACCUUCGGCGUGCCCAGUACUGACCUCGUCUGUCCCUUCCCCUUCACUGCUCCCCGCCACAGCUUUGCACCCUUUUCUUCCCCAUACACACAUACACCAUUUUAUUUUAGGGGCCAUUACCCCACACCCCUUAUUGCUGCCAAAACCACAUGGGCUGGGGGCCAGGGCUGGAUGGACAGACACCUCCCCCUACCCAUACCCCUCCUGUGUGUGGUUGGAAAACUUUUUUAUUUUUGGGGUUUUUUUUUUCUGAAUAAAAAAGAUUCUACUAA